CAGACACAAUGGCAGUGACAGCAGGAGCUUCGCGUGGAUGCUCUCCUCUUGCUGCAUGUGGCCUUUGAACCCAUUGUUGUGUCGCGGGUGACGUCAGUGCCGUGUGCGGGAGACGGAGCGGCGUGCGCCUGGCGAGACAAAGGCGGCGGAGCGAGCGGGGUCAGGCAGCAGCAGCGAGCGGCAGCAGCAGCAAAGAGAGAAAGAGAGACAGAGAGAAAGAGAGAGAGAGAGACGAGAUCAGUGUUUUGUUUUUUUUGUAACUAAAAAGGUGUCUAACCUUGGAUUUUUCAGCUAUUGUAUCCCAGCCGAUACGCAGAAUGAAGAUCCAGUGACACUCCCAGGGAUUUACUUUGACUCUCCAGACAGAGAGGAAACAACAGUGCCCUCCUCCUCCUCCUCCUCCUCCUCCUCCUCCUCUCCGGUUUGAACGUUUUUCUCCUACGCCCCCCAUUUAGCGUGCUAGUUGAGUUAGCUAGCCCAGCUAGCUCCCCUUACUAGCGUCGCGCAGCGCACACACACACACACACACACACACACACACACACACACAGAGGCACAGGUCUCCUCCUCCUCCUCCUUCUCCUUCUCCUCCUGGCUGCUGCUUUCUCAUCUUUCUCCCCGAGAAACUGGGCGACACGCGAAGAGACAGAGAGAGGCUCUCGUCGACAAAAGAAAAGCCAGCGCAAAAAGAGGGUGAGAGCUCACUCCCAACAAAACACAACAAGGCAUCCGUGAUCUGAUGUGAGAUCCACGGACAGAGACUAUGCCUAGCCCUUUAUUCCACCCCGAGAUUAUGGACCACGACGUGGUGAUCAGCAGCCAGCACAGCGGGGUCGGUAUGCCCCGUGAGACGGACCAGGAGUCCCGGGAAGAGGACCACCAAGAGGCGCUACGCUUCGCCUUGGACCAGCUGUCACUCAUGGCCCUGGAUAAGGUGGACUGUGGGGGCGGCGGUGGUAGCGGCGGCAGCGGCGGCGUCGACACCCUCGAUGGGUCCCAGGGUCCCGGCUCUGAGGGCUGCAACGGCGUGGGCGGAGGGGGCUACGUGGAUCUACAGAUGCUGGAGCAUCCCAACGGGUCCCGAGACUCGCCGACUUCCUGCUCUCCAUCCCCGGAGUACUACGGCUCGGGCGGGUACCACAUGGCCGGCUCACACUCCAUGCUCCACGGGGAACAAAGCUCCGUCCUCUGCAGCAGGAAAAGAAGUGUCAACAUGACUGAGUGUGUGCCUGUGCCCAGCUCUGAACAUGUGGCUGAAAUAGUGGGCAGACAAGGUUGUAAGAUCAAGGCCUUGCGUGCCAAAACGAAUACUUACAUAAAGACUCCUGUCCGAGGCGAGGAGCCGGUGUUCAUCGUGACGGGACGCAGGGAGGACGUGGAGAUGGCCAAACGCGAGAUCGUCUCUGCAGCCGAGCACUUCUCUAUGAUCCGGGCAUCCCGCUGCAAAGCCGGAGCACCAGGUGGAGGGGGAGGAGGCUCUCUACCCGGACCGCCACACUUACCUGGACAGACCACCAUACAGGUGAGGGUGCCCUACAGAGUAGUCGGUUUAGUAGUUGGACCAAAGGGAGCAACUAUCAAGCGCAUCCAGCAGCAGACUCACACCUACAUCGUGACGCCCAGUCGAGAGAAAGACCCGGUGUUUGAGGUGACCGGCAUGCCGGAGAACGUGGACCGAGCGAGGGAGGAGAUCGAGACCCACAUCACCCUGCGAACUGGAACCUUUGUAGACCUGCAGGGAGACAAUGACUUCCACUCCAAUGGCACUGAUGUCAGUCUAGAAGGCUUGGGCGCCCUGGCCGGAGGUUUGGGGGCGUCUCUGUGGUCCAGGGCCACUGGCCACCAUUCUGCCCCCCCUCCUCCUCCGCCCUCCCCACCUCCUCCCAUUCCCAUGUCCAUGCACCACUCCUCCGGCCGGAAGAUGUCCUCGUCAGUCGCCUACCACACGCACAACGGCGGGAUGAGCUCAGACAGCUUCAACGCCACUCGCAAAGCCAACGAGGGAGGCAGCCCCACUAGCCCUUUUAGCACAGGCUCCAGCAGUGCUGGAGGAGGAUUCACUUUCGGUGGUGACUCCACCCCCGGGCUGCCCUCCUCAGAGGAACUGGGCUUUGAGUUCAGCGCUUCCAACAUCUGGGCACCUUUUGUCAACGGUGGAACAGGCAACAAGACGGCCGGGUCCUCCCAGCAGCAACAGCCUCUUCGUCGCAACAGCAGCGGCCUCAGCGGUGGAGCCAUCACUCCAAGAUUGUCUCCAACUCUGCCUCAGGACACAGGCGUGGGCCCACUGGAUCAUCCACUAGCCCGUCGUGCCCAGAGCGACCCCCUCAGCACUCUCUCCUGGCUACAGUCCGGCAGCACCGGAGGUGGCUCCUUCUCAGGAGCGUCCAGCUCGAGCUCCGGCGGGUCGUCGACCGGUUACUCCUCCUGCUCGGCCUCCUCCCUGCCCGGUGGUUCACCCACUGACUCCGAGGGAGGCAGCAGCGGCGUGGGCCUCAGCUCCGGGAUGCUGAGCCGACUGAAAGGCGGCCCCGGCGUCGCCGGCCUGGUGGGCGUCAGCCCCGGGAUCAACAGGGACUGCUUUGUGUGUUUCGAGAGCGAGGUGACCGCAGCCCUGGUGCCUUGCGGCCACAACCUGUUCUGCAUGGAGUGCGCCGGGCAAAUCUGCCAGUCAGCCGAGCCUGAGUGCCCCGUCUGCCACACUCCCACCACACAGUGCAUCCGCAUCUUCUCUUAAUGCCCCGGCAGGGGGUUGGGGAGGGGGGGUAAAUAUGAGGAGAGGGCAGGAAGAAGACUGGAGUGGGGCACCAACUGCGGAAGGAUUCACACUAAUAACCUUCACACACACACACACACACACAUGAUGGACCAUAAUAAAUGCAUUACUAGAGAUGAUGAUACUAUACGGAUGUUGAUUUAUUGCUGAUAGCUGUCAAAAUUAAUAAUAACAAUAAUAAUAAUGACAAUGACUUAUUUUCAGAGUGAAGUGAAUUCACACUGAUCUGCAGACAGUCGGGGCUCAGACUGUGGUGAACUUAUGGAAGGAAACUAGUGUCUUAUCUCUCUUCAGGCCUUCAUUUUGACCGGCCGCCGGUCCGUCUCAACAUUUCUUCAUCCUGGCUUCUUCAGAUCUCUGCCUGCUUUCUCUCUCACAGCCUUUCCUUUUGACACUUUUGUACUUAACAGAUAUUUUUCGAUGAAGCUGUCAACGAGGCCUGCACUUUUCUACUCUUACCCUUAUUUUAAUGUCCUUGACAGACCUGUUCCGAUGAAAAUCGCCCCCUCUCCCCUCACUCAUGCUGUUGUUUUUCGCGACACGAAGCGGCGGUGACGGCGGCGGCGGCGGCAGCAGGGGGUGGGGGAGUUAGUAUUUUUCUGUAAGAGUGGAACUUUUUUUAAAAAAAAAGGUCGGCAUAUAGUCAGGCACCAAGCGGAACAGCACACCCAAGGGACCUCUUAAAGGAUGAAUUCCUGUUUUUUCUCGUUGCCACACACAAAUUAGCCAUCAGUGAUGCCAAAUGAAUGCUAUUAAUAGACGUCCUGAUCAAAUUCAAUAACGUGGAGGAUGAAUUGGGAUGAGUCUGCGCCGCGUUUCAAACGUGGCCGCUCAUGUUAAUAUUCCUUUUUAAUAAGUGAGACAUCGGUGAUCUGUAGGAAUGUGUCUGAGGUCAGUCUUCUGUACGUUUGGGCUGCCUGACAAUCCCUUUACAUCUCUCUCUUUCUCUCUCUCUCUUUCUCUCUUUCAUUUGUGUGUGUGUGAGUGAAUAAUGCCCACUCAUGCUGUUUGUUACAUCAGCAUCAUCGUGCAUCCUCACCACGAGAAGGUCUGGUUUCUGUCCUGCUGCCCCCUCUCCUCCUUCACUUCACUCUCUUGUCUUAUUAAGGGAAGGCGAUGCUCCGAUCCAUCCACACCAGGACGUUCCUCCCUCUCUCUGUCUGUCUCUCUCUCUCGUGUCUGUUACACUUAGAUCGUUUUGCGUUUUCUACUAGUUUGUUUUGACUCUUGACUGUCAAGUGUGUGGCUAACAGACAUGUUUUGAAUCUCCUAGGAAAAGAUAGGGCUUUUCUGAUGUCACACGUGAAUGUCUAGUAAGGUUAAGGAGAGACGGCUGCUCCUCCCAUACAAACUAAACAAUAACAAGGGGCUUGAUUGAAACUGAAACUUCUUUUUUUUUUUCAUGCACUGUUAGUCCCGGGCCCCUCCCUAAAAAAAAAAAGGAGAAGAAAAAGAAACAGCUCUUAACUGUUUUUGUUUUGGUAGUUUUUCGGUCUUCCACCCCACUCUCACAGCAAAGCUGUAUGGCACUCUCUCAGAUGACACACUGUCGUACCCCCCCAUAUACCGCUGUACUCGGCCAGAAUGUAGUGCACUAUAUGGUUAGUCAUUUGAGAUUUGUCCUGUGUUUUCUAGCAUUACCGUGUGACUCCAGACGAGGCGGUUGCAUCCUGUUUUUGUCUUUUUGUAUUUUUAUUCAAUUCAGCGCGAGUUUGCAGUAACUGCCUCCUACAGUGUUAAUACACUGUACGUAUGUUGGUGUGAUGGUACACGGUUGCCAUUCGUGGCCCCCGCUUUGUUUUUUGUUUUUCUUUGCGUGAACAUACAUGGAAACAGCUCAUAGAAUGAGAUAAGCCAUGACUACAGAAUUAAAAACGACACAGCUGAUUCUCAAAAGGGCUUCCUCCGACUGCACAGACACACGAUCAACAUUUUCAGGCUCACACAGUAGGUCGAAUCAAAACUCUUUAUCCUUUAUGGCAGCUAGUAGCUUAGGUCAUCCAGGGCUUCCAGACACUCUGUGUUCAAAUCCCAGCAGCUGCAGAAUGUUUUUCUUGUUUUUAAUAUUAUUCUUAUUCUUUUCUAACUGUCCCUACGCGGUCAUCACAUGCGGAUCCUGUUAGUUUGAGUGUAGGACGUGGCAGCGUGUGUGUCCUCCCUGGACGUUUUAAAUAACAAGGAGGGGAGAAAAAAAAGGGGGUAACUCUACUUGAGUAAAUAAUCUCGUGGAAACGGGCAGAUGCUGCUGUGCUUUGGUGCUCCAGCCAGUUUAAUGUUACACUUAUUUGCUGUCUGACUGUUCGUUUGCUACUUGGGUGACGAGGGCAGUAGCUCCACAGAGGAAUCUUUAUAAGCCGCUGUCCUGGUUGAGCGCAGCAGUGCACUAAUUCAUGUGUCCACACGUGUAGGAAAAACCUGCCCAGGAGCUGAACCGAUAGUCUUCGAAGUGAAGACUGUCCCAUGGUGCUUAGGUGCAACUCCCUACUGAAACGCGGUGACGAACAAACCCAAAUGGCAGUGGGGAGGCUUUAUUUUAUUAUUAUUAUUAUUAUUAUUAAUAUUAUUAUUAUUAUUUUCUAAGUUCUCCAGCGCACUAUAGACCUGACGACCCUGUUCUUAUUGUGGCUGAAUCGGGCAGCCCACCCUCCUCGUUUAGGCGUUUGUCAAACGUCAACAUUUCGUCUCAAAACACUCAGAACAGAUUGCAGGGCUGCGAGUGUGUCUGAAUGAACAGAUGAGUCGUGGACGGUCGUGUGAGUCUGUCGUGGCCAAUCUUUUUUAAAGUCCUUCUUCAGACUGUCCCAAGUUGACGUGUUAAAGGAAUAAAAACGUAUUGUUGUGUUCGCCAGAAGGGUCUAACGUAAAAUCCUGGACGUUGCACCGGGAUGUUUCUGGCCAAUGACAUAAUGUUAGGGUUUAAUGUACAGUAGUUUAAUUGUUUUAAAAGGUACAAAGUUUUUCAGAUUGACUGCUGAUUUUUAUUUUAUUUUUUUUAGCCAAACUUAUCCCCUCCCCCAUUUCCUUCCUUAAAGGUUUGAAAACAGGGUUUCCUGAGGCAUGCUAGCCAGUGACCUCUGACCUUUUUUUUUGUGAUUAGAGGGGAGGGGGUGCGAAGAGAGCCACGCCAGUAAGGGGUGACAGACGCCCCUCAAGCCUCCGCUCUCCUAUUUUUUGCUUUAAGUCUCUUUGUAUGCAGAACCAAAAUGUAAAACAAAGUCGGCAAACUAGGUUUCAGGCCUGACCUGUGUGUGUAUAUACCCUGAAUACAAUCAUUGGGAUCUUGUUUUCAAAAGCAAAAUGAGUUAAUUGAAAAUAAGUGUAGUUUCUAAAGAACAUGUAUCAUUAUUUGUAAGUUAACCAUCUGCAUGUCUUCAAGCCACCUGGCAUUAGCUAAUAAUUUUUAAGAUAAAAAAAACAAAAAAAACUUUUUACACAUUUUAUUUUUUACAAUUUAUUUGCUUACCUAAAUAUCCCAGACAAUAAUGUGACCCUUUUUAUUACUUCAAAUUUAUUUUUAUUUUCCAUUUUUUUAUUUUCCUUAUUUCCUGUGUACUACAUAUAGGCAAUUUAUAACAAAAUGAGAAAAAUUAUUGAAGAAAUUUUAAAAUUGAAAUAUAUUUUAUUUGAAAGUUUAUGGACCUUUUAACCGUGAGCCGGGAGAAUUGUAUAAUCGUAUAAUUUGAGCUGACUUGACGGUUAUGAGAAAUGUAUCAAGAGUUUUAUUUUUUAUGCUUCUUUAAUAAAGUCUUGUUUUUGGUUUCAUUUUUUUAC